UACUCCUCCAGACCACGGUUUGCCAAAGUAUAAUUGUCUUACUCCAUUCUUCUAACUUCUUGUAAACUUCUCAUUCUCCACUCCCUCCCCCCCGCCAACCAUGCUGUGGCUUCUUUUUCCAGUCCUCUUGCUAAUCCUCAUCCUUCUCUCAAAAUUCACCUACUCCAAUCUAUGGAUCCCGCUAAAGCUACAGCGCCACUUCGCAAAGCAAGGCGUCCGGGGCCCUGGGUACCGUCCGGUCCUCGGCAACACAGCGGAGAUCAAUCGCCUAGCCAUGGAGGCUCAGUCGAAGUCCUUGCGCUUUGACCACAGGAUCCUCCACAGGGUGGCCCCUUUUUACUACCACUGGUCCCUCAAGUAUGGGAAGACUUUCGUCUAUUGGUUCGGGUCGAGGCCCAGGUUGGGCAUCUCAGAUCCGGACAUGAUUAAGGAGGUCCUGAUGAACACGGGCAGGUCAUACGACCACAUCGGGUUCAACCCGCAGGCCCGAUUGCUGUUCGGGCAAGGCCUUAUUGGGCUGGUAGGUAAGAAGUGGGCCGUUCACCGACGAAUCGCUAACCAGGCCUUCACUAUGGAGAGAGUCAGGGGGUGGAUCCCGGAGAUCCUGGCGAGCACCGCCAAGAUGCUGGACACAUGGGAGGAUAUACGAGGAGGAAGAGAGGAAUUCGAGGUGGAGGUGCUGAAGGAGCUCCAUGGACUCUCGGCCGACAUCAUAUCGAGGACUGCUUUUGGAAGCAGCUUCGAAGAGGGCAAGCACAUAUUCGCCUUGCAGGAGCAGCAGAUGCACCUGUACACUCAAUCCACCAAUAACAUUUACAUUCCUGGCUUCAGGUUCCUACCGACUCAGAAGAAUAGGGAGAUAUGGAGAAUAGAGAAGGAAAUCCGCCAGUCGGUCCGGAAGCUGAUCGAGAGCAACCUGAAAUCGAGAGAGAAUCUGUCCAAUUUUCUGGCUCUCCUAACAUCAUCCCACGAAGAAGAAAGGCUAGGAGUGGAGGAAGUCAUAGACGAAUGCAAGACAUUUUACUUUGUGGGAAAAGAAACCACCGGCACGCUCCUCGCUUGGGUGCUUCUCCUUCUGGCGAAGCACCAAGAAUGGCAGGACAAGGCCCGGGAAGAAGUGAUCCGCGUCUGUGGGAAAACAGGGCUUCCGGCUGUGGAAAAUCUGAACGAGCUCAAGAUUGUAACAAUGGUAUUGAAUGAAACACUCAGACUAUACCCUCCUGCUGUGAUGGCGACGAGGAAAGCCUAUAAAGAUGUGCAGCUGGGGGACCUUCAGAUUCCAGCGGAAACACAGCUCUACUUGGCCUUGGCUACUGUGCAUCACGAUCCCGAGAUAUGGGGCGAAGACGCAGAAGAGUUCAACCCAGCGAGAUUCGCAAAGCCUCGAAAGCACCUGGCCUCGUUCCUCGGGUUCGGGCUCGGCCCUAGAAUCUGUGUUGGCCAGAACCUGGCCAUGGUCGAGGCCAAGGUUGUUUUGGCCAUGCUGGUCAGGCGAUUUGCUUUCAAGGUGUCGCCAUCUUAUGUUCAUGCUCCCAAGGUUUUUGUGGCCUUGCAGCCUCAGCAUGGAGCGCAAAUCAUCUUCAGGAGGACUCAUAUUUGAUUAUGUUUCAUAUUUGUUUUUGGACUUCUCUUUGUAACAUGGUCGCAUGGUUUGAGGGAAGACAAUUUCGUGGUUUUUGGAUAAAAGAAAGUUUAUUUUGCGUCUGUAU